ACAUUCACAGGUAAUUUUGUCUACUAUAUUCAAUCUGUGCUCCCAGAUGACAUUCUAAAAGCAGUACUGGAGAAGAUAGGUUACGUUGCAACAACAGCAACAGAGUUUUCACUUGUCAAAAAGAGAAACAAUGAGGAAACAAAGCAGACUGCAUUUGAAAUAUUCCUGGCAAGAAUUGAGUGUGAAACCAUCCUUGAAAUGACAAAUGAAGAGAAAUAUGGCAAUUUGGAGAAGCCCCUACAGAAGAGAACACAAAUGCACUGGCAUCACAGAGAUAAGGACAAAGAGGAUCAGACGCCCCAGAGAGAAGAUGCUGAAAAUCUAGAAAAUAAAGGAAACAGUGAGACAUCUUUGUGCCUUGCUACUCAGCAGAAGUCUUCAACUAAUAGCGAUAUAUUCUUUGAAGCUGCUGGGAAUCCAGAGAUCAAAGAUGUCAUGCCUCAGUUAGCAGUUACUCAAUCCACUAACAGGCUUCAGGAGCACCAAAGGCAAGUCAUUAACACCGUACGAUUUCCGGGCAAAUGCUCAGACAGCGAGGACUUCUUGAUCAAAUACAGUGACAUUGUCAUAAGACAAACACCUAUUUUCAGUGAGAAUCUUUCUCCAAAAGCUUUUGAAAAAAAGCCAAGAGUCAGUCUAAGUGAAGAAUGUGUUUUGGCAGUCACUGCGGAGUCAACUGCAAAUGAGAUCAGGCCUGUGCCACUCUCACCGGGAGCAAGCGGUCCGCCAGCCUUUGCAAUAUUUGCUGACAGCUCUCGUGACAGCAGAAGCACUUUGGAGUACAAAGCUCAAGAAGUCCCUGAAGAAUCAAUUGAAGCAGAAAUUAACGAUGCCAUAAACUGCAUAGACUCAGACCCUGCCGAUGAGCCCAAUGAGCUGAAGUCUCUACCGUACCAGGACAUUGCACCUGUCCAAAGCUCCAGUGUCCCUAGGGAAGAGGAAGUUUGUGAGCUGUCUUUAACCUUCACAAAACUACAAAUUAAGGACGCUCAGGAAGACCUUAUGUAUCCAGUAGAGGAAACUGGCCAGCAUGACUCAGUAUCAUACGCCCAUAUGAGUGACCGGCAUGUAAGAGAAUUUAAUCACUCUAAAAUAAAACACACAUAUCUGACUAAUGCUGCACAUAUUGAGCCAUCUUCAGAUCUUUGCUGUACUACAGGGAAUGUGGAGGAUCCCACCACUGGUUCUGACAGUGAGAGACUAUUAAUGGAUGCUCCUUCUGCACAUACAGCUGCUGAGUGCUUCCGACACAUUAGAGAGCCUCCUAACCUCACCUAUAUUCCACCACAAAGUAUUGAUGUUCACUCUUCACACACAAGUACCAGCACACAGGGCAGAAAGAACCGCUUGCAACCUGAACGUGACUCUCCCAAAUCCAGUGCAGUAAAGCUGGAGAACUAUAAUUCAAAAGUAAAUGAAAUCCAGGAGCCUUAUGUUAUUAUUGACAAAACUGACCGAGGAAUGUUAUGUCGUCACACUUGA